AUGGCGCACUCUCCGUCCAACUCAGGGAUCAAAAACGUACGCGACUUCUUUGCACGCGGCGAUAGGGAAAAGAUCUCUCCGGAGCUCAAACAAGCACUGUCGUUGUUGCAACUAUCCGGCCUCGACAGCCUCGAAGAGCGCUUUCUCGCAACUGCUGCAUUUCUAGAGCCGUGGGCUGUGUUCCGCGAUUCGAUCUUCCUGUUGCGACCGGAUGCAAUGCCUCGUGCGACAACGAUAGCUAGAGAAGACCGGGGGGAUGGCAUCUCGCGCACAGACCUAUUGUGGUUUUAUACACAGUUCGAUGAAGGGAUACGCCGCUACGAUCCACGUGCGAACAAGUACAGUGGGGAGUACACAACUGACUCCAGUAUUUAUGGUGCGAUCGACAAGAGCAACUGGAAUGUGCAGGCGUACGAGAAGCAUCUCUUCGCUUGGCUGCUGCAGGUAUUCAAGGUUGGUAAAUCACGCAACCCAUGGGGCUUUGACUACUUUGAGCUUCGCAACAUCUGCAUUGCCUGGGAAGCGGUCUUCGUACCGAUCAUUGACGCAGUCCGUACUUCCUACAGCAUCAGAGGCCGACGACACUACGGUCGCCUUGCACUCUACAUCGAAGAACGAUGCCCAUCUGGUCUUGCAUUCCCAAAGGGCAAUGUGAUAGUACCUGAGGGAAGCCUGAUAUCGCCCACUCCGUACCGCAUCAUUUCUUUACCGAAGAAAGUCAUCGGCGAUGAUAGCGCUACAUUCCAAAAGCGUGUUGAAGGGGCCGGCAUGCUUACACGAAAGCACUACGACGACACCGAGAAGGAGCUUCGCGACGUGUAUCCUCAGUACGGCGGUUUGGUUGAGCGACCCAAGUUCAAACACAAGAUGGAGGAGUGGUUGAAUGAGCAACGAGCACGAGCAGACCGUAGGAAGGCCGCGGAGACCAAUGGUGAAGUGAAGAGUUUCCAGCCCCAGAUGGUGAACCGGCACGGUAGUCGGAGCCCUAUAAAGAAGGGCUCUCCCACCGAAUACCACAACAAACGAAACAGAGACGGUAACGAAAGCCCGAUCAAAAGAUACUCGGAUAGUAUUCGUCGCUCGCUGUCUCGUGGCGUGUCCAGAACGGCGUCAAAGGAAGAGCCGAAGAGUCCGUUGCACGGUGUGACACGGCAAAUCCAUAUCCCUGGUGAAGGUCCAAUUCGCCGUGCGUCUAGCGCCCGAGACCUCUCGUUAGUCACACCAUGGCCACGCCCCCAUCCAGAGCACAAGCCAUCCAAGCAAAACAUCUUCACUUCAACCCAUCACUUAGAUUCUUCUAGCCUGUCACACAAUCCCCAGACCGGACAAACACACCAUGAUACGGAUGUGUCAGAGUUCUCGUCCAAGGGCCAGAUGGGUGCCGCACCUCAACCAUUACCCCGUCAGUACCAACAUGACGAGCGGGCUGCACCACAGGUGUUAGGAAGCAGGGCCUACGCAGAUGUGCGGGUGCCCAGCUAUGAAGGCAGCGGUUGGGAUGACGAGAUCUCGUUGACGAAGCUUCACACUGUACGUGAAGGCGCUACUGAUAAAUCGCAACGCAUUCAGCCUGCAAAGCCAGCUACAAGGCUACCCGUUCCCAUCAAACCAGCUCCGUAUUCUGGCGAUCUUCGUGUUGGUGUAAAGGACAGCCAUCUCAGGGAGAUGCCUAAGCCUCUCCCUUGGCCAGGCACUUCUCCGCCUAAAGCAACAGCAUGGCCGGGGAUGGACGAGCUUAUUCCAUCCGUUCCCUCUGAGAGUUCCGUGCGACAGAAUAGUACCCGGGAUUAUGUCAGCGGUUUCCGUCCUCAGCAACUUGUGCGCGAUGAGUCCGAUCGCAAUAUAGCCCGUAUCGUUUCGAAAGAAAAUAUUCGCUCCGUACUCAGACAUAACUCCCUGAACAGCUCAGCCGAAGAUUUGACUCAGCCGCCUCCCGUAUCGUUUUUGCCAGGACGCAAAAGAACCGCGAGCCCUGGCGGUACCAGGCUACAGACGUACAACGCAAAUCUAUUUCCACGUAGAGAGGAGCGCAAGGGAACGCCGGUAGGAGGUCGGGUUGGUGCGGAAAAGAAGAGGGAUGCACCCGGUGGUUCCUGCGAGAUGGAUGACUUCAGCAGAGCGACAGAUGGCCAGGGCGUGCAGAACACGACUGCAGGAAGUGAUACACGAUACCACGAGAGAUAUCAUGGAAUGCAUGCGCCUGAUGACCGCCGCAGCUUCGAGAAAUGGAUCUAA